AUGGAACUCAUCGAGCUGCGGGAGCUGCAGCCGGAGCCGCGGCCGGGCCGGGGCCGCCUAGAACGGACCAACGCGCUGCGCAUCAGCCCGGCCCGCCGGCCCGGCCCCGGAGCGCAUCCCGACCCGCGGCUGACGGCCGUCCCGGGCGGCGGGCACCGCUUCGAGCCGCGGCGCCGCGGGCUGCACACCUGGUGCGAUCUCUGCGGGGACUUCAUCUGGGGCGGCGGCAGGAAGAGCCUCCAGUGCCGCUAUUGCAGCUUCACCUGCCACUACCGGUGCCGGGCCCUCGUGCGGCUGGACUGCAGUGGCCCCCCAGGCACCAGCGAUGAGGACGAUGGCAACGAGCUGGAGAAGGACACCAAUGUGGAUGAGCCCAGCGAGUGGGAGAAGACAGAGCUGGACCAGACGCAGGUGGAGCAGCGGAUCAAGGAGUACAACAGCCAGAUCAACAGCAACCUCUUCAUGAGCCUGAACAAGGACGGCUCCUACACCGGCUUCAUCAAGGUGCAGCUGAAGCUGGUGCGCCCUGUCUCGGUGCCGGCCACCAAGAAGGGUCCCGCCCUGCAGGCGGGGCGGCCGCACACCCAGGGCGUGAAGCGCCGCACGUCCUUCUACCUGCCCAAGGGCACCGUGAAGCACCUGCACAUCCUGUCGCACACCCGCGCCAGCGAGGUCAUCGACGCCCUCCUCCGCAAGUUCACCGUCGUCGACAAUCCCCGCAAGUUCGCUCUCUUCGAGAGGUCUGAGAAGGAUGAGCAAGUGUACCUGCGGAAGCUGGGUGACGACGAGCAGCCCCUGCGGCUGCGGCUGCUGGCUGGCCCCAGUGAGAAAGUGCUGAGCUUCGUCCUGAAGGAGAACGAGACCGGAGAGGUGAACUGGGACGCCUUCACGCUGCCGGAGCUGCACAACUUCCUGCGCAUCCUGCAGCGGGAGGAGGAGGAGCACGUGCGGCGGCUGCGGCACCGCUACGCCCGCUGCCGCCAGAAGAUGCAGGAGGCGCUGGCCACGCGCACGCCGGGGUGACCGCGACACCCGCGACCGAGGCCAGCCAGUGCACCGGGACUCUCGUCCGCCGGCGGGUGGGGGCACCGGGGAGGGGGGUGGAACGGGGCACCGCGGACCCGGCGGGCUGUCACAGCCCCUAUGGGGCCGGCCCAGAGAGUGGGAGUGCCUGGAAGGAGCGAGUGUCACCCGGGAGUGGGUGAAACCAGGGGAACGAGUGUCCUGAGGGAGCGAGUGUCACCUGGGGGAUUGGAUGUCCCCAGGGGAGUGGGUGUUCAGAGGGGAGCGUCACCCAGGAGUGUGUGUCCCCAGAGGAGUGGGUGUCCUGAGGGGAGUGAGUAUCCCCUGGGGAUUUGAAUGUCCCCAGGGGAGUGGGUGUCCUGAAGGGAGCGAGUGUCACCUGGGAGUGUGUGUCCCCAGAGGAGUGGGUGUUCUGGAGGGAAUAAGUGUCCCGCGGGGAGUGUGUGUCCCCAAAGGAGUGGGUGUUCUGGAGGGAGCAAGUGCCCCCCGGGGAAUGGG